AUGGCAAAAAGAUCCAACAAAUCUACCGACUACAGUCUUGGACUUUUGAAUAAUAUCAAUUCACUCGGGCGCGAUGCCACGAAUAUGGUCGCCAAAAGGCGUCGCACCACCCAUACCAACGUCUUUGACAUUCCUAUUUCCCCCUCCCCGACAAAAUCUCGCAGCCCUCAAACCGAACCAAAAAAUACAAGACGGUUUAGUUUGAGAAACCGUAGAGUGCCUAGACUCGCAGAACCGGAUUCACCCCCCGGAGUUUUUGACAACGAAGAAGACAAGGAACCCAGCAACGACGAAUCCGGGCCAGGCGAUGGCGAGUCCGAAUUGGCUGAUGACCACGGCGAGCUUCAGCUCGAGCCUGAACACGAUCCGUUCCCCGAGCCAGUCGAUCUCUUCCCGGCCGAAGAUGAGGAUCAAGCUGAUCAUCAAGUUGUACAUGAAACCAGGGAUGCACCAGAUGACGCAACUGGAGACGGACCCGAAUAUCCCGAAGAAGAGGAGGCAGGUGAUCAAGAAGGAAAUGAAGCUAGAGACGCACAAGACAAUGCAUCUGAAGACGACUCCGAGUAUGAAGAUGAAGAAGAGGCCAAUGGUCAUUCUCCACCCGAAGUCCAGAAUCAUUCAACACCCCCCAGAAUGCAAACAGACUCGAGGUCCAGAUCCUCGAGAGUAUACCAAGAAACCAAAGAGAUAGCAGACAUAGAAGUUGCGGAGACAACAAUCCAGCCUCGCCCAAACCAGGACCAUCAAAGUCCUCGCCCCAAUAUCUUCACGUGGCUAACCGAGACCACUAAAGAAUCCGGUUUCAAGGAUACCUGGGAAGCAAUCCGCAAAACAAGAAAAACCCUUACGGCCCACGCCGAUCCCUCCACGAAAGCGCAUUUCACGGGCAUCAUAAAGCUCAUUGAGCGGCUACGAGAUCCGUUUGAAACCAUGAUCAACGAUCCUGCUUCAGCUUCUUCCUUGAAGAACCAGUGCAGCCUCAUCGCCAACAGCAUUUUUAAAGAGACCCAGUGGAUCGUUUACACCGAAGCCCCAGAAGAUGAAGAGAAUGGUGCACAUCUGGUAAAUCAGCUCGAAGCCCAUAUUGUUCCCCGUCUGAUUGACUUGAUCAUACUCGGAUUCAAGACCUACAAGACUAUACAUGAUCGGGCAGCGCGACAUUUCCGCAUUAUCCUGGAUUUGAUUUGGGGGUCCUGUGAUAGGAUAUCUUCCCUCGUCCAGAUGCAUUACGUUAUUAGUGGGAGCGUGAUGGCUUAUUCUAGAAAAGUGCUGCACCACGUGAAGACUCUCAAGGAUGCCCUAAAAGACGGCCGGCUACGUGAGACACCUCAUCGCAUCCCCCAACGCCCUCUACCGUACAAGCACUUUGAGUUGGAAGAGGUUGACAGCCAUAUCUCCUGUGGACGAUGGACCCAUGCCGAGAAGAUUGCACUCCGUGAGGGCUUACAAUUAUACAGGGGGGAAGAUCGAUAUAUCGAUAUCAAGUGUGACAAAACAGUCGGCGGUCAACUUUCCGAGCGGAUCUUGCAACAUAUCCAGAGCCAAGCCAUCAAACUCAGGUUGGAUGAUUUAUGA